GGGGUACUCGGUACUCUGUACUCGUUCUUCAAUUAUAAACAGUACCCGGUACCCGGUACUCGAGUACAAUUUAUCAGUACCCGGCCCAGCUCUGAUCACUACAACAAAUUCUCAAUGUGACCACUCCCUACUUCUAAACACUUCUCCAAUCUCCGCUUCACUUCUCUUACUGAAGCAUUGCGUAACAUUUCUCUAGAGAGUUCAUCGCAAGCAUUCCUGACUUCUUUUCUCAGAUGAUCCAAGUUAACAGAUGGUGUUCUGUGAACUUUAUUCUCCAAAAUUCCCCACGUGAAAAAAUCAAGUGAGGUCAACUCCGGUGAUUUAUACCAUUUAUACCCAUCCAAUGUUCUCCAUAAGUUUCAUUCAAAUAUUUUUGAACCAUUCUUGCUUUAUGCAGCGGAGCUCCGUCAUGCUGGAUCCACAUGUUUGCUCGAAGCUGCAAUGGCACAUUUUCGGGAAGCACAAGAAAAUGUUCUUGAAGAAAUUGCAAAUAUUGCUCACUAUUUGAAACUCCUUCGUUAAAAUAUGGAACAAUCAAAUGCCCGUUGAUAAUACCACACCAAACGUUAAUUACAAAAUGUCCUUGGUUUUCAAUAGGAUUGACGAAAUGUGGAUUUUCAGUAGCCCAAUAACGUUCAUUUCUUUCAUUGGGCUUACUUUUGCUCGAGUUCUGUUCACCCUGUACACCAUGGCCGCCAAACUUUUUAGCGACCUCAAGAUUAUCUUGUUCUCUUUCGGUUUGCUACAAAUAAUGUAUUUCGGGUCCUAGACAUACAAACAACUAUCAUUAUUGUUGAAGGGGUUCAUUUGUAAGACAUUAAGUACCUAUAGUGUUAACGUUUUUCGUCAGAUUCCUAUAUCAUCACAAUGAUUUCCUUUUGAGAACAGAUAAAUGAAUGCAAAUACAACUCCGAAGUACGAAUGUAACAAUAAGAACAAUAUAAGUCGUCGUAUUCAACUAGGAAUUUUCGUAACAUUCAGAAACUUUAACAAAAUUAAUAUAUCAUAAUGUUAAGCGUUACCCAAGCAAAACAUAUUUUGACCCGCGGGUCACCGCAGAUACAAGUUAGUAAGGUUGUUAUUGAGCAUGUACUUACUAUGAAGUAGUCGCUUAUUAUUUUUCUCGUUGCACAUUAGUAAACCGUGGGUGGUUACAGAAUUCGAAAAAUUGUAAAAGCGAGUGCUGAUUAACACAAGUGAAAUUGCUGAUUGAUAGUUUUCUGUGUUCUUAUAGUACACUUUCGUCCAACCCUUCGGACUUUGUAUUCAGGUGCGCAGAAGUCUCAAAAAGUGCAGCUUCGACGAAUAUCAUAAGCGCCACGACGCUCCACCAGAAGAUCAUGUUGCUUUGCAGAGAUAUCAGGCGUCAGAUUCUCGUUUAACUCGUGAACUUCGGGAAAGUUGCGUGUUGGUUUCAACGAAUUGAACUUUAUCAGAUUCUCGGUGGUUGGAGUUGGAAAAUCAUCAAAAACUGCAAAUUAUCCACCGAUAUAGUUGAUUCAUUGGUUCUCGCGCUGUGGAUGUGCGAAGAAAAGAUGUGUGCACCAAUAAUGGCUGAAUUGGAACAAGUGGAUUUCCACCAAUAGAAGUAAAAUUCAUCAAGAUGACGAAGCUAAUCCAUGUGGACAUCGAUGAGACAGUCCAGGACCACAGGAACCUGUUGGACUGGUCCAAAACAAAUGAAACCGGUGGAGCUCAGCACCAUCUGCCGAUCAACAUGCGUUUCAACGACGGACACAGGCUCUCUAUAACAGUGUACAGUGUGUUGAUGGUGUUUUCGGCAGUUGCGAACAUAACGGUGCUAGUGUUGUUGGUGAAAAGACGAAAAAAGAGUCCAUCGAGGAUCAACAUGAUGCUGAUGCAUUUAUCUAUAGCUGAUUUGCUGGUAACGUUCCUCAUGAUGCCUUUGGAAAUAGCGUGGGCUUCAACUGUGCAGUGGAAAGCUGGUGAUGCCAUGUGCAGAAUAAUGAUGUUCUUCAGGACAUUCGGACUUUAUUUGUCCAGCUUUGUACUCAUAUGUAUAAGUGUCGAUAGGCAAGUAUUGGAUUAUUCUUAUUCGUAG